AUGUGCCAUUACGAUUGCUCGGUGCACCCGACCACAAUCAAUCAAGAUGACGAUAUUACUGGGAUCGGAGUCUUAAUCGGGUACACCGUCACUGCGGUAGUGGCGACUAUCGUAUUUUACUACCUUCUGUCUUAUCAACCGUGUCUGGACCCUUUUCGCGAUGGGCAUAUCGAUCCCCUGUUGGCCGUACAGCCACGGCCGAAUCCGAUUGACGAGCUGAUGCUUCGGGGUCCACGGAGACUAUUGACUAAGAUCUUUGGCACAAAUAGUAGUGGGUUGAGCAUCCAUGCCCGUUUUGAAAACUCGCUGGUCAAGUGCGUCCUCGCCAUGAGCGACAUCCAGAUAUUCACCGGAAUAUCCAUCAUGAUCAGCGGUGCGGCACAGCUCAAGUGUGGAAUUUCCUGCUACCAAUGGCUGGUAUCUGACCCAUCUCUCGUGUCUAACCCUUCUCCGGAACUAUCUACACAAUCGGCCGGCCGAACGCACCUGGCGACUUGCUUGCAUGUUUGUAUUGGUGGCUCUCCUCUUCUUCGCUUUUCUUCCCACGGUCAAUUAGAUGGCAGCUGGGACGUUCUGCUGAAGACAGCGGUCCUCCCACACCCGAGGACUACGUAA